UAACUUCUCUCUAUGGCUUUGAAAGACAAGAGGUGAGAGAAGAACAGAACAACUGGAGGCAUCUUCUUACAAAACUCCCAUCUAUGUAUCAGGAGGCGUAGGCAGGAGAAAGAGGUCUCGCCAUGGGAAUGAUAGAUGUCUGGAUUUUAUCUCUGACCAUUGUCACAGCUGUGGCUGAUGCCAGCUCUUCAGAAGGGUCAAGGCCCUGUGAUUCUCGUGGACUCCCAGGAAUGCCAGGGCCCCCAGGUUUUCCAGGGGUAGCUGGCGCCAGAGGACGCCCAGGUGUUCCAGGACCACCAGGGUCACCUGGAGCUCCAGGACAUAUUAAAAAUUGUCCUUCCCCACUCAAAUCAGCCUUCGCAGUGAAGCUGAGGGAUGUCUUCUCAGCCCCGUUCCAGCCCAUUGUCUUCAAGGAAGUUCUGCAUAACCAUCAGAGCCACUUCAAUCUUACCAUGGGGGUGUUUACCUGUGUCAUCCCUGGUGUAUACCACUUCGGCUUUGAUAUUGAGCUGUUUCAGCACGCUGUAAAGUUAGGGCUAAUGAAGAAUGGCAUUCAGGUCCUGGAGAAGGAAGCUGGAGCUGAAGACGUGUACAGGCAUGUUUCUGGAACUGUCAUCUUGCAGCUGACGGCAGGCGACAGGGUUUGGCUAGAAUCCAAGCUAGGCACAGAAGAGAAUGAGAAAGGAUCGAUUCAAAGUGUGUUCUUUGGGUAUUUGCUUUAUGGAAAUUAUACUGGCUGAGGAGUAACAGCACACUUAAAAUCCUCAAGGGGACUUAAAUUUUAGAGCAUAACUCCCCCUACAUUAUAUUUUUCUUUAAUCUCACUGAAUAAACUUAAGAAUAUCCCCAUUUUUUCAAUAUGAA